AAGAAGGCAAACGACGAGUUGUAGGGCUAGACUCUUUAGUGGACCAUCUAUGGUAGCAUUUAGGACCGGGCCGUUACUGGGCGUGCAGUUGGAAACAUCGUGGACAAGACAAUUCGCAGGGAAAGGAAGAAAAAGAAAAUUACCGUAUUGGGACAGUAACCAGGAUCAUGGUUAAGCAGUUUUGCAGGGCUUAUCUGUAUCGUGGACGGGCUUGCAUCCCUAUUCGGGGUAAGUGGGUUGGUCCCUCAUGCAGGGCGACGGAAUCGGCCCAUUCCGCGAUCUCCUCGACUCUACUUCUCUUCUUCUUCUUCUUCUUCUUCCUCCUCCUUUUCUUACGAGUAGGCUUGGCUAGGCUACCUUACAGAUUUCGAAGCAUUCGGGUCGGAUUUGAGUGCCCAGGUCGGCAAACCGAUCGCUUCUUACACACCGCCGAACAACGGGCCGAAUGCAAGAGAUAUGCAGCUCAGAGGAAUUGGAGCCAUGACACUGCUGUGAGAUGUCGUGGCAUAUGCCAGCCAUUCUCGCAAUGGCUGCGGCAUCCAUACUCGCAAGUGUCACACAAUCCAUUCGGACGACCAUAUGGCACAUACGGAGUACACCUGCUUUAUCAUCCCCUAGCAUUGACAUGGCUGACAGGAGCACCAAAGAAACGCCACUACCCGGUGUCCCACAACCUGCAUAAAUGCAACACACAUAAGGAGUACUACCUGGUAUAAUAUGUCAUGAGAAUCCUUGGCCACAAUACGUUCACCGCCUGAGAAUGAUUCGAGUAAGUAUGGGACGCUAGAGCAGACCAC